CUUUAACUAAAAUCCACCACGACUGUCGAGUUUGUUAAGUGUGGUCAUGUGCUUGAAAUACCCACACUGGACACCAUCAAGGUCGUGAAAUAGUGCUGAUAGAUCAAGAAGCGGAUGAAAAUGAACUAUCUGGUUUGCACUUUCCAGUCCCAAGAAUAUUGGACUUAAAGCGCUCACUGUAUGGAAUCUUGCGCUACUAUUUCCCUUGGUUUUUGAAAACGAUCUUCGGCAACAGGUUCCUGCCUGGAGGUAUUGGUGAUCCACAGCUACUAGACACGGAAGUCCGUUAGGCGAAAUCUUCUACUCCUUCCAUAACCAUCUGAACCAUUUGUUUUUCUAGUCGUAAUGUUUGCAGUAUUGGUAGCUGGAAGACCAGUGCGUUCAAUUUUCAUUCACAUCAAAGUUUAGUUUCUUCUGGAUUUGCUACCCUUAAAUGACGUAAAUCAUAUUGUUGUGUUUCUAACAGGAGAAACUGUCUUUCCGCCAAAUAUGGGUGGCGGGGUUUAUCUGGGGAUUCAGCAAAAUGGGGUCCCUAACUGGCACUUUCUUGGUGUUCUAACGAACGAGAAGCCUAGCGCGAUAUAUAAAGUUGGCAAACUUGCUAAAAAUGCACAGCUUCAAAAUGUUAUACACCCAUUUGGCACUAGUGCCUCUUUCCAAUGCUCUAAUGGAGUUGUACCUGCUCAAAUUGGAAUUUCUGUUGAUCUUUUAACAAAUCUGCCACAACAAACAGAAGAAAUCACCUCUGAACCAUCAGUUUCUGCUGAUAGGAUGACUCAGUUCACUCGAUUCGCAGCUGAAAGUUUAUUUAAUUAUGUUGCUAGUUUUGCACGUGAUAAUUCAACAUCCGAUCCUCUUGUACCAAUGUCAGCAAUUAAAGGAUGGUUUGAUACAAUGUUACAGAAACUCUCCCUUGAUGCAUCGUUUUGGCGAAAGUGA